UGCCCGCUGCAGCAGAACUCCCUCUGUUUUCCUUCUCCACAGCCGGUGGCGCUAUUCUUCCUCUUGUCCACUCGCCAAAACAGAGGCAGGAGAUUUCUGCUGAUGCAGUGAUGUCUGGAAAUGUCAAGGGCUUGCUUAUUGCCCCUUAAUGUACCUCUCCCCCCUGCAGAACUGCAGCGCGAGAUCUCCUGCUGCGGUGAGGAGUGAGCCGCUCACACCAGCAGAGGAAUACCAGCAGCCUUCCACCUGCGUGGACCAACUCAGGCUUUCCUCUUGGUGCGGGGCGAUGGAAAGUUGCCACAUGACGCCCGCUCUGCAGUUGGAUGGUUAUCCCGGAGAAUAAGUCGCAUCCAGGGGCUUCCAGGAUCGAGUCACGGAGGCAGCAGAUGCUCUGGAGAGCAGCAAUGGUCAAGUCAGCGAGAACCGCAGUGGAGCCACGCUGAGGCGAGGCAGCCGGCCAGCCCCUGCUAUCUGGGGAGGACUGCAGCAGUGUGCGGGGAGUGGGAAGCUGGGGAGCGGAGUCUCUGCUCCCAACCUGAACGCCUGCACAGUCCCGUCGCCGCCGACCACUUACCGCCGCUCCUCUUCUCGCUCCUCCUCCUCCUCACAAAAUGACCGUAGUCCCAGGUGAUAACAUGGACGAGACCUCUGCUGUCCCGGGCCACCCGCAGGACACCUACCCCCCAGACCAUAAUGACCACGAAUGCUGCGAGAGGGUGGUCAUCAACAUAGCCGGCCUUCGGUUCGAGACCCAGCUGAAGACCCUCUCCCAGUUUCCAGAGACCUUGCUCGGCAACCCCAAAAAGCGGAUGCGGUAUUUUGACCCCCUGAGGAACGAGUACUUCUUUGACAGGAACCGCCCCAGCUUCGACGCCAUUCUUUAUUACUACCAGUCGGGAGGGCGACUGAGACGCCCGGUCAAUGUCCCCUUGGAUAUGUUCUCGGAGGAAAUCAAGUUCUAUGAACUGGGGGUGGAUGCCAUGGAGAGGUUUCGUGAAGACGAGGGUUUCAUCAGGGAGGAGGAGCGGCCCUUGCCCGAGCGCGAGUUCCAGCGUCAGAUCUGGCUUCUGUUCGAGCACCCGGAAAGCUCUGGCACCGCCAGGGGCAUCGCCAUCGUCUCCGUGAUGGUUAUCCUCAUUUCAAUAGUCAUAUUCUGUUUAGAGACUUUGCCACAGCUGAAAGAAGACCCGAUGGGUCGGUUCGAGAAAGUGGGCAACACCACCAUUUACUACAAGCCAAAUAUCCUCACAGACCCCUUCUUCGUCAUUGAGACGCUUUGUAUAAUCUGGUUCUCCUUUGAAUUGAUAGUGCGCUUUCUGGCGUGCCCUAGUAAACCGGCCUUCUUCAAGAACAUGAUGAACAUGAUCGACAUCGUGGCCAUCAUCCCUUACUUCAUCACGCUGGGAACGGAGCUGGCAGAAGACCCUGACAACGAAGGCGUGGGGGAGCAGGCUACGUCUCUGGCGAUACUCAGGGUGAUCCGUCUGGUGAGGGUGUUCAGGAUCUUCAAGCUGUCACGCCACUCCAAAGGACUGCAGAUCUUAGGGCAAACUCUCAAGGCCAGUAUGCGGGAGCUUGGACUGCUCAUCUUUUUCCUCUUCAUUGGAGUCAUCUUGUUCUCGAGUGCAGUCUACUUUGCCGAGGCAGAGGAGCAAGGAUCCUACUUUGGUAGUAUCCCAGAUGCGUUUUGGUGGGCUGUCGUGUCCAUGACAACUGUGGGCUAUGGGGACAUGGUGCCAGUCACUAUAGGCGGCAAGAUAGUGGGAUCUCUGUGUGCCAUCGCCGGAGUGUUGACAAUUGCACUCCCAGUGCCUGUCAUCGUGUCCAACUUCAACUAUUUCUACCACCGGGAGACGGAAGGUGAGGAGCAGGCCCAGCUGCUCAACGUCAGCAACCCCAACAUCCCCUCUGACACCGACUCCAGCCGCCGCAGCUCCUCCACUGUCAGCAAGUCGGAGUACAUGGAGAUCGACGGAGACAUAAACAAUAGCAUCGACAACUUUAGGGAGGCCAACCUCAGAACUGGCAACUGCACUAUAGCCAACCAGAACUGUGUAAAUAAGAACAAACUGCUUACAGAUGUGUAGGCAAAAGUUAGGACCAUCUAGAAUCGGUAAGCGAGCGGAGUAAACCAUCACUUAGGAAUGCUUUGUUUACGUCCCCAGAACGCUCUGUGGCAAUAGGCCUAUAUCUAAGCUAAACUAUAUCGAUAGGAGGCAGAAAAGCAUAGCUGUUAGAGUUCAUGACUGGUAGCUAGAAUAAUGAAUUCCUCUAUUAUAUAGGUCUACAGAAAACAUCUCAUAUACGCUCCUGGAAGGACGCCGAGCACGCCGUCGUCUCAGGCGGCGACAUGAUAAUUCAAACCUUAUGCAUGGGGAACAUUUAGCAAGUUGCACAAUGCAGCAGAAAAGUCUGCAGAGACGGGCAGGCUUCAGCAGAGGAGAGGUAAAAAGUUACUUCUCUCCCUCCCCUCCUCCCCCAUCACAACCUCCCUCCCUCCCUCCCUCUACAAAGGAUCUACUACUCAGCAAAGCACCUUAUAGGAGGAAGACUGAUUCUUUUUUUUUUUUCCCCUGGAUGUUAACAGAUGAUCUGCUCACUCCAUGGACAUCCGCAAUGCUGCUGUUUUUCAGCAGAUGCUGUAAAUGUGAUAUCACCAAGUGAUUCAACGCCAUGCCCUUUAGACGCAACACAGCACAAUGACAGUGAGCUUCACUCGAGCAUGACCAGACACUUUCCAUUUUGACAUGCAUGAGACAUUUCUCACUCAAUGGAAAGGACAUUCUUUUUUGGAUACCUGACUCCAUCCUCGCCUUCUCACGUCUUUUCAUACCGCGUGCACUUGAUGAUUUUUUUUUUCUCUUUCUUUUUUUUAUGAAAUGCUCAUCAUUUAGAGGUAUAGAAAAUGAAUGUCAAAUGUUAAGGGAACAGUACAUAAAUGAGAUCAUAGCAUGAAAACGUGAACCUGCAUUAUGGUCUAUCAACAACGAUACUUUUGUAUCCAGCUAUAUUUAAUGCAUGACUCUAGUAAUACAGCUUGUUGCAAUCCAGGCACUCUGCAGUGUCCUAUUGUCAGGGAGACUCAGUGAACCAAAUUCUGGAUGUUUCUGAAUUGCGAUCCAAUAUAUCCAAACACUACUUUGAGGAUGCCGAGUUUCUAGUUUAGCCAAGGAAACUGAAUAACCGUUAUCAAAAAAUUGCAUUUAAUCAUAAUAAGCAACGAAGACAAUAUUAUGCCAAUAGUGCAGUGCAUGGACCUAUUUCCAACAAGAAAAGUUAGUGUGCUACUAGUCAUGCUUCCAUUUUCAAGACUAAAUUGAGACCAUAUUGGUUUGGGAUUCAUUGAGGAAGCUCAGUACUGACGUUCUGGAGUUAUUCCAUCAUUAGUUGCUAGUGCCUUUGUCCCUCCCACCACCAGGACCAGUGAAAGUGCCUCUGAGUACAGUUGUGUGAGUUGGAGCGGGGGCUUCUGUAUGAGUACUGACGCACCGGUGGUCACCACGUUGUGAGGUUGUAGAUUGAUGGGAUCGUGGUUUCGGAUUUUUUUAAAAAGAGCCACCCCUCUCAUGUGGAACUCAGUCUUCAUGCCUUCACGCACUUGAUUAUGCUCUUAAACAGCAACGUAAUGUGCUUUGCCUGUUUGCUGGAAUCAAAAGGGAAUAUUUACAGGUGUCCAAAUAUUUACAGAUUCAUUUUGACUUUCAUUCCAAUCUUUGCACAAAAUAUCUUUAGCCAUGUGUUUGUGAGUGACACCACUCACCUGACAGGUUCUGUCAAGAAGUGGCUGUCGAGUCAAAAGCUUUCGGUUUGAUGUGUUUGGCUUUGGAUUUAGGAUCGAUACAGCGAUGAUUUGGUGCAGCAGAGCCUCAGCUUCACCUGAAAAUGUCCAAUUCUUUAGCAUGUGGAUAGGAACCCUGAGUCAAAGCAUCAAUAUUGAACCAGUGUGCCUCCUUGGGUCAUAUUUACUCACCUCCAGUUCAUUAUACGAGUUGUUCUGCUGCAGUUUUAUUCGUAGUAUUCAAUGGCUGUAAAUGACUGGUAGGGUGGACAAGCCUUGGACCUGUCCGAGGUCAGCAGGUCAUGUCAACAGACGUGGCUGCAAAUCUGAGACACAGAUCACAGAAGGAAGGGAAAAUACAGCAAAAGAAAAGAGCCAUUAACUGGCACAUUGGCUCUUAUCCGGCUCAGUAUUUUUGUAAUAGGAUGGCAUCACUACAAAUGUAAAAAGCUCACUUGAUAAAUCUGCACACUCUCAAACUGGAAUCUGACACUUAUACUGACAAUCAAGUUCAUUAUUUAACAUUAGUAACGGACCACAUUCGUCCUGCCUUCACAGCUCACUCAAGAUACACAUGCGGUCACGUCGAAUUUGACUACGGUAAAUGUCUCGCAGUAGUACUGACACCGCUGUUGUGUUGAUAACAUUUUAGAAUGUAAUGUGUCUUUCAUGGGAAAUAUGAGUUCAGUCCCUCAUAUCCGUUCUGUUCUUCAAGUUCAUUCAUGUUUUCCUGCACGGCCAUAAUUCCCGGGCCUCUACCUCACUGAGGUCAUUGCAAACUUGCUGCAGGGCUGCAAGCUUCAAUGCGGGCCUUCUGACACCAUCAGAACCUUAAGUAUAAAGUCGAGAGUCGAGAGCCCCCCAAUGCUUUUGCCUUUCCACCAGCGUCACACAAGUAUUCAUUUUUGGAGAGUUGGACGGGUUUCCCUGUGGGGAGAAACUCUUGGUAGAAUAGUAAAAAUAAAGCGGUUGCAGACAGGAUCCACAACCCGAGAUGAUCAUGGGCGAGCUGUUUGAAUUCUCAUGAGCUCGAUGAUGAGCACCGAAGUGCUUCUUUUGCUCUGUCAUUAAUUUCCAGAGGCUUUUAUUUUCCUGUUGUUUCACCCGAUUCGCUGACGGAGGAACAGUCUGUUCAUGCAGCUGGUUAUCAAUCUACACUAAGUGCUGAGGUUUCGUGCUGUCACUCUCCUGAAAUGAAAAAAAAAAAAAAAACACUGUCAUUGGAGUGUCAUUGCUGCUCCAGUCGGUGCAACCGCUUCCUCUGCGGUGCCGUGACAGGGAAACCUGUGCUGCUCCAAUUCAACCUUUUCCACCGGACCUCCUCUGAAAUGCAUAGUUUGGGAGCGUCAGAUUGUUAUUUUUCUACGCUGUUGUUGCAGUCUUGAGCAAGUACGGCAGUGCGGCUGAGUGUGACACUUGUUUCAAAUUCACACGCCAUUCUUUUUCCACGUCAUAAUUAGAGCUGUCAAUUAACGCUGGAGCUUGAUGGAUUGUCUGCAGAAGCAGGAUGGAGAGUCGGUGCGGCACUGUUAAUACAGGGAACUGAACCUUUUCCAGUCAGCAGAGGUGGCUUCGUGAUAUUCAGCCACUGGGAAAUGGUCCUCAGUGGCACCUUGGAGUUUUACCUUCAGUGAUGUGCGACCCGAUUGAAUGGCGUCUUGUAUUAGGUGUCCCCUUCCUCUCACCCUGAGUAGCUGGGAAAAUAGUAAAUAUACUGAAGUGCUUCAACUUGUUUGGAAUUAUCCUUUUUUAUUUGUCUGUAAUGAUAAUUUUACAGUUGUAAUUGUCCCCAUGAAACUUUGUUCCUCACAGUGGUGGUGCUUAUUUAUUUAUACUGUAAUUCAUGGAUGAGAUGAGAUGAGCUCGCCACACAAUUAUAGGAUUUAUUUCACUUCGGUUUGGACUUGCCACUGUCUUGUGUUCUGUCAGGAGGUCAACUCGAGGUGAGUUGAAUGAGCGCUGAGGUGGAGAGAACAUUUACUUCCUGACUUUUUCAAACUGAAUCCAUGAGGAAGCUUAAAAGCACGACAUAGAUGAUAUAAAUCAAAUUCUCCAUCAAGCUAAGGUUGAAGGUGCAAGGAUUUGAGAAGCUAGGUCACAAGCAAAAGAAUAAAAAUUACUGGUCCAAACGUGUAAGAAUCCACACAGAGGUGAGGAUGAAAACAGUUGAAUGAUCAGACAUCAGGAAAGGUUGGGGCUGGAAAGCAAGGCAGUAUGACAGCUGGCUCUAAUGUGGCGGGUAAAAUUGGGAAAUGAAAUAAUCUGUUCCACUCAUUUUACGGCAGACAGUGCCAUCUGGUGGCCUCUGGAAAUCAGGACGCUGUUUCAUGAAACCUCAUCUAAGUAAAGGGACGGAUUGGUGUGGAGUGGAACAUUACUGUAGUUAGUGCUGCCGCCUCAUUGCUAGAAGGUUGUUGGUUCCAGUCCAACCUGAGCAACCAGACAUCCUUUCUGUGUAGCGUUUUGGGUUCUUCCUGUCCCACACUCCCCCUGAAACAGAUAGGUGACACUCUCAACUGUAGGUGUUAAGUUCAGUAAUAAAAAGGAAUGACGGGAGAGUACGACCCAAACGUUCCAGUGUUAGACCUUCGCCAACUAACACCCUCACGUGUUCAAUCCCAAGUGUAUGCAGCUACAUUGGCAGCUCUGAUUAUCAAGAUACAAUUCAACAGCCGUUGAAAGAUUUCUCCGCUUGGCCGCUGUAAUGUGCACCACAUCUCCAACAUCAGCAGAUGCUACCGAGGGCUCGUACGGACGGUGCUAUGCAUUCACUCACCCACCUAAACAGCAAUAUGAAAACAGCCAGCCUUGUAUCUCCAGUGCUUUUUGUAAAGAGACUUUAAACGUCGGAGAGGCUGCAACAACAGGGCUGUUUGCGAACCUCUUGUGUGAGGUCACCGGGGCGAUCGUGACACCCUGACUCACAGCGCUGUAAGACACGCGAGACACUUAAAUAGUAGAUGUACAGUAGUAGAACAUGUGGCGUUAGUGUGUAGUCGAACAAAUGCAGCAGAAGAAAAUAGAUAGUCUCGCAGGAGAAUCCCAUAAUGCACUUAGAGAGGCUGCGCAGUUUAUUGGACAGUGUAAGAGAGAAGGUGCUUCAAGCGUUCCAUUUGUGUGAUUCCUGUCAGGCUGCUUCUGAGCAAAAACUAUGAUUAAAAAAAGUUCUCAUGAGAACAAGAAUGCAAUUUAGCUAGGAUAAGACAGAUAACUACUAUAUACCGCAAUGGCGUAUUAAACAUUUAAUGUGUGUCUUUAUGUUUUUGUGGCACUUAACAUGAAUAAUUCAGGCAGAACAUGCCAUAUACAGGGAUAUCAAGUACACUUGCCAAGCCAUGAAAAUGAAGCUACUCUAUAAGGAUCAUUUACUUUACUCCUGAUAUGGAAAAGAGCUCAAGUACUAUAAAAUAAAAAAAACGUUUAUUUUUCUGUCCUGGCACCUCAUUUUCUAUCACCGCAGGACUGCUUUAAUGUAACAGAAAAUGCAACUGCAUGGUCGACAGAAGUCUGCAUGAGCUUUGCCUUUCAAUCUGUGGAAGAACAGUCAUUUUAAAACCCUUGCUUUCACCUGUACAGAGGUGUGUGUGUGUGUGUGUGCGCGCGCGCACACUUUAGUGCCGGCCUCAGCGUCCGAGUGUGAGCUCUGAUCAAGGACAAUAAAGGGCUAGUUUGUGGAACAAGAGCUGGGACUGAGAGGCUUUUUCAAAUGACACUUUGCCCAUUUUAGUCUGCUGCGGGAAUCAUGUUUGUCUUUACCGGACAUCUCUCCUCUCGCUGCGUGGAAGCGAUUCUUGUUUCCUGCUGAGGAGGCACUCAUCACGAUCACAUGUCGGGAUAUUGUGUCUCUGUCUCGCCAAAUGUGACUGUCCAUGAGAAAAUCUUGUAAGAAGUGCGAUGAAUGUGAGCUUCUUCUUCCGGCAGGAAUGCACAUUGCUAAACUAGCAGGGACACCGGACUGUUCUGGAGCAAAGCAAAAAUGACUUUCAGGCUGUUCUGCUCCUCUUUUCAUCCACAACUCUGAUUGUAUCUCAUUGUGAGUCGACUGAGGAUUAUGCUGAAAAGUGUUUGGAGAAAGGCAUGGUCUGUGAUCUAUGCAAGGGUUUUUAUUUAUGUCUUUCUUUUCUCACGUUUGGUUUCAUCAGACAUUAACUCCAAUAAA